AUGGGUUCUAAGUCUGUGGAAAUUUCAAGUUCUUCAUCUCAUUUUAGGAGGAGAAGGAUCAAAUGCUAUCAUGGGUUGGAUUCUCCAUUUGCUACUGCGUGGACAUCUGAGAAUCCAUGUAGGAGGUUCUAUGGUUGUGGGUUAUUAAAGUUACAAGGGAGUAAAGGUUAUUCUUUUUUUAUUGGUACGAUGACAAGAUUCCGGAACGGUCAAAGGAAGUGA